AUGGCUGCUGUUGCGCCUGAUGAGCCACUGGUCGUCCGCUGCGACUCGCCUCCACCCGACACGGCGCCGAUGCGGGCUCUUGGUGCCUCUUCCGACAUGUCACGCUGCCUUUCGACUGCCUCGUCCGUCUCCCAUGCGUCUGCCACCACCGACGCCUCUCACAUGAGGGACUCGCUCGGCAGCGAAUUCUCGGCCUUCUCGCGUCAGUCGUCAGGGAGCUACCAGUCCUCCCGCCUUUCCGACAUGAGCUCUAGCGGCCAUGUGCUCCGAUCUCGAGUCUCUACAAGCAGUCUAGACACUGUUAACAGCAGGUCUGGUGGCGGGGCGAGCAAGCGGCGCGGCUACAUGCGGCCGCAGGGCACCGACUUUGCUGCAAGUGCCCGUUCCCGCGAGAGCGUGCUGAGUCUUGGCAGUAUCACACAUCUGCAGUACUAUUUUGCCCGGACCGGCCUCCUCGAUGGCAAAGGCGGACAGCUGGCACGGAAGCGCCAACUAAAGGGGCAAACCCUUGAUCUCUCCGCCCUCGACACCAGCUCGUUUCUGACUGCGAAGCCGUCCGGCAGCGACCACGACUCGAGCUAUGCCUCGAUGGGGAGCAGCCCUGACUUGGCCGCCCACGCAGGCUUCGGGGGCGUCAGUCUGGGGGGCGGAGGGAUCGUCGAGUCGCCCAUUGAGGAGCACCACCCCGACCAGCAGGACGAAGAGUACUUCUCUGACGACUUUGACGAGCCAGAUCCGCACAUGUUGCCCCCAACGGCAAGCACAUACAAUUACCGGGAGAAGCCGUUACCGAGACCGCCAUCAGUAGGCGAACUGAAAUCGGAUUUGGCCGACGCCCUUAAAACUGCCGUCAAGGCACUGAAUGAGGCGAGGGAAACCAAAGUCCCCUCGCCGGAGCAAACAUCGCCUUCAAACUCUCCAAAGGCGUCAUCGGGGACCAGCCCCGGGUGGCACGAGAUUCAAGGGGUGCACAUCCUCGACGUGAUGACGCUAGCCAUCCGGGCGGCCAAGAUCUACUAUACGAGUCAUGACCGACCGGACCGCCUCGACUCGAUCAAGUCAGAGAAGCAAAUACGCGGCGAGCUGCUCUCCGUCAUGGACGUGCUCAAGCGCAUGGCCACGCGUGGUUUUGUUGGCGGUAUGCGCAGCGACGAAUUCCGCACUAUGGAUGCGUGGAUCGCUGGACUGCGCGCCAUGCUGGCAACCGAAGAUGCGAUUGAGGCGGCUGAGGCGGUGGAGCGGGCAAGCUGGACGUGGCUUAGACCUGACGGCUGGGAAGGGCGCGAAUUUGCGCGAGAGGAGGCUUUCAUGCAGUCCAUGCUAGAGGGCAGCGCGGAUCCUGUUGACAGCAUGUCGCCUCUCCCGAAGUGGACGCCCAUCGACCGAGCUCUGCCCCUGACAGAGCAAUCGCUGCCGACCCCAUUUCUUGCUUCGCUGCAGAAUGGCCUGCGCUUGGUCCAGCUACAUAACUGUGCCGUCCGUAAAUCUCGGCGGAAGUUUGGAGCAAUUCCAACCUUCCACACCGACACCCAAAAACCCUACCGGGCCGCUGAUAACCUGCGCUACUGGGUCAAGGCGGCCGAGCUGCGGUGGGAGGUGCUUCUCAAGAUAGAUGCGUUGGGCCUCCAGUAUAACAACAACCCGGCGCUGUGGGUCGAACUCGAAGAUGCCGUGCUCCACUGGUGCCGCAAAGUGCGUGAGGAGAUCGCUAGCGAGCUUCAGGGCUAG